AGUGGAACAAAUACUCCUACGGCGCCGUUUCAUGACCUAUAUGAGAUUGUACCGUACGUUUGCCCUUUUACCGCCAAGUCCUUGUCCGACCCGCAUUACGCUCCGAAAGUCAUCUCACCUCCUCGGCCCCAAAUUCCUGCAGAUAGCGUGGGUAAUAGACGUUACUAAAUUCCGUGUGGAGGAUUUUACGAGGAAUUCGAGGAGUCGGCGGCUUUUGGAACUUGGGCUCAGAGACGGCCAAGGUGAGGUAGCAGCUGAGGAGUAUUCUCAUAUCCCGGCAACCCCAGACGACGUCGUUCCUGGAACUAAGGUAUUUUCUGAGGAUGAACAGAUUCGUGCUCUAGAUCAGGGCAAAAGCUUGCCGUGAGAAAUUGAGGAGGGAGAGAUUUAAUGACUGGUAUGUGUCCAAUCUCAAAUUAUAUUUUUUUACAUUUUUUGAAGAAUUGGGUUGUUAUGUAAUGAUGAAAUGAAUGGUGGUUUUCUGUUGAAUUUUACUGUUUUGCAAUUUGGGAUUUUGGUGUGGGUUGUAAAUUUUGAAUUUUUUUUUUUAUGCGGAUGAUUGAAUUUCUCUUGCUACAAAAACUAAUGAAUUGAGACUGAAACAUAAGAAGUUGCCAUCAAGUGCUUAUGUUUUAGUAUAAUUUCACUUCUAUGAUUCCAAAGUGUUUCCCCCAAUCCAGUUUUGUCUUUUCAGAUUAAUACAAUGCCACAACCCAUGCAGAAGAAUAUAGCUGAGUGAGCAACUUUUGUUUUUAAUACUGUGUUUUGAAAAAAUUUUGACGAAAGAAAAGAUCGAAGCAACUGAACAUGGGCUGGGGUUUGCAAUUGGUUUUCAAGUAAGGGAUGUAAUAAGCACUCAUAAAGUGGGAACAGUCGAAGUUGACCCUUUUUAGAAUAAGUGGCACUUGGCGGUUAUAGAACUGAGGAGUGAAAUUGCAGAGCGCAUGUAUAUUUAUCCUUCUUAAGUGUUGUUUUUGGAUCGAACACAAUUUCAUGUACAAUUCAUAUUUUUGCUUUUCGUUUUUUCAGUUUGUGUUCUGUUCAUGGUUAAGAAGACAUGAAUCACAUGUAUGUAAAUUUUGCAUAUCACGUAUAUACUUAGAACUUUUGACGUGUUUUUUAUGAUUUUAAAACCCACAGCAUUGCACAGGCACCAUCACUAGUAGAAACUAAAACUGUAAAAAAAGCUCAUGAACACAUCAGUCAGAAUGGAAGGUAAGUGGAGAAAAUUUCCGAGAUAUUCUAUUGAGCAAUCCAUUUAUGAGCCUUGCAAAUGAGCUUUUUGAUCUUACCAGGAACAGCUCUACAAUCUUAAACAACUUCCGUCUACAGUUUUGGAGAAUCCGACAGGAGACCAUUUUUUGAUUGCGCAAACGAGUUCAUCAAUUGCAAGGGUAGUAGAAAAUGUAAUAAAUCUUCUAGUAAAUGUACAAUCAAUCUUCAGUUAACCUAUCAGGGCAAGUCAAGAUUAAUGAAAAGGUAGUAGAAACCAUUGACUGGCAUCUUCCGGCUAUCA